GGCAACUCACAAGUAUGUACUUCCUUUCGCGAGGAAAUAUUGAGUAGCGAUAAUUGAUCCGAGUUUGAUCGAGUUGUUGAAAGUGUGAAGGGAACCACUUCUGCUUCCAAAAUGUCCAAGGGAACUACAAUCAAGGAAGCUCUCAGCAAAUUUGAAGAGAAAAAUGGAAAGGCGAGUGAGUCAAAAGAAGUAAAGUUGAUUGGCGUCUGUCCUCCCAUCGAGAAAAUGGAUGCCUCUCUGUCAACCCUCACCACAUGCGAAAAACUUUCCUUGUCUACAAAUGCCAUUGAAAAGAUUGCCAACUUGAACGGGCUGAAAAACUUGAAGAUUUUGUCACUUGGGCGUAAUAAUAUCAAGAGUUUAACGGGCUUGGAAGCUGUUGGAGACACACUGGAGCAGUUGUGGAUUUCCUACAAUAAUAUUGAGAAGCUCAAGGGUAUCAAUGUCCUGAAAAAACUGAAGAUCUUAUGGAUGUCCAACAACAAAGUCGUAGACUGGACAGAGUUCAACAAAUUGAUUGAAAUGCCCUGUCUUGAGGAUUUACUUUUUGUUGGAAACCCCUUAGAGGAGAAACAAACAGCAGAAGGAAACUGGAAAGAUGAAGUUGCAAAGAAACUACCAAAAUUGAAGAAAUUGGAUGGUGUCCCCAUUGUACGCCAAGAGGAAGAAGACUAGAAAGUACAAAGAGGUUCAAGGAUCUUUGCAAAAGCCUAAUCUGUGAUUUACUGAUGAAACAAGCACAGUUAUGGAAAACAAGGAAAUUUGAAGACCGUCCUUUUCUUGAACAUUCUAAAGAAAAAUGUUUAUGCAAUAUUUCAGCUCAUACGUACAAAAUAAAAAGUUAAGAUUCUUCAAAUAAAUAUUUUACAGUAUUAGAAACUUUUCUCAGGUUGUGCAUGAAAACUCUAUUCUAUAACCAUAUAAAAGUUGCAGUUGGUUACAUUGGACAUAGUCUUAGAAUUCUCAAUGUUUAAAUGGUAGAAUCACAUAAAUUUAUAUCUGUCCAUCUCCCUGGUCCCUUUUUCUUUUCGGGGCAAAAAUUAUUUACUAGACAUUUCUAUUUCUAUUGCAUUGAUGCAUAAAAAAAGCAAGGAGAAUUUCAUAACCAGCCCUUUGAGUAAACAAGAUGUCUGCUUUUAGUACAUCUUCCUGAUAGUAUGAGGGAAGUCGGAGUAUAGAAACAACUCAUGUGAAUCAAGUGAUAGCAGAAAUAUAAUGUUCAGAGUAUUUAUUUGAUGCAAAUCAAACAAUUAGUUUUCUUGCGAUAUAUUAGAUUAUAUCAUUGUAAAUAUCUUGUGUUUGUUGUUCAUGAAAGAAGUGAUAUACUUUGAGUUAUUGUAGCAGCUGUUCAUGUGCAAAGUUUCUAUAGAGAUCAUGUUUAUUUGUUCCUAUAGUUUUCCAGUUUUGUACAGUGUAAUUGGAGGAUUUUAAAAAUUUACUGAGAAUAACUAUAUUUUGGUUAUUUCUGCCUUCUAUGUGUGAAAAAAAAAAAUAGCCUAUGUACCAGUGAAAGAAAGUGAUGAGAGAGAUGUUGUGAAUGAUUAUGUUAUGUUUACAAUGUGAUAUAUCAAUAAACCAGUUUUAUCAGAACUCAUCGGACAUCAACACUGUGAA